AUGGGAGUGCCGGCGUUCUACAGGUGGCUCGCGGACCGCUACCCGCUUGCAAUUGCCGAUGUCGUGGAGGAGGAGCCGCAGGCGGACGCGAGUGGCAUCCCUAGACCUGUUGAUUUCUCCAGACCUAACCCUAAUGGCAUGGAGUUCGACAAUCUGUACUUGGACAUGAAUGGAAUCAUUCACCCUUGCUUCCAUCCCGAGGGCAGGCCAGCACCGGCUACUUACGAUGAUGUGUUCAGGACAAUAUUUGAUUACAUUGACCAUAUAGUUUCAUUGGUUCGCCCAAGGAAGAUUCUCUAUAUGGCGAUAGAUGGGGUUGCACCAAGAGCUAAAAUGAACCAGCAGCGAUCUCGUCGCUUUAGAGCUGCCAAAGAUGCUGCUGAAGCUGCAGCUGAAGAAGAAAGAUUGAGGACAGAAUUUGAGGCAGAGGGGAGACUCUUGCCUCCUAAAGAAAAGCCUGAAACAUCAGACUCCAAUGUCAUCACUCCUGGAACUCCGUUCAUGGCAGUACUAUCAAGUGCACUUCAGUACUAUAUACAAUCUAGGUUGAACCGUAACCCUGGGUGGCGGUAUAUAAAGGUUCUUCUUUCUGAUGCAAAUGUUCCUGGUGAAGGAGAGCACAAAAUCAUGUCAUAUAUUAGAUCACAACGCAACCUUCCUGGGUUUAACCCUAACACCCGUCAUUGUCUGUAUGGCUUGGACGCGGAUUUGAUCAUGCUUUCUUUAGCUACGCAUGAGAUUCAUUUUUCAAUUCUAAGAGAGAUGGUAACAUUUUCUGGACAGCAGGAUAAAUGUUUUCAAUGUGGUCAAGCGGGUCAUCUUGCUGCUGAAUGUCGCAGUAAGGCUGGAGGUGAUCCUCUGGACUGGAAUGUGGAAAAUGAUACUCCAAUCCACAAGAAAAAGUAUCAGUUCCUCAACAUCUGGGUCUUACGGGAAUAUUUAGAAUAUGAUUUGGAAAUUCCAAAUCCUCCAUUUGCCAUCAACUUUGAGCGCAUUAUGGACGAUUUUGUAUUCCUGUGUUUCUUUGUUGGCAAUGACUUCCUUCCACACAUGCCAACUUUGGAAAUUAGGGAGGGUGCUAUAACUUUGCUUAUGCAUGUUUACCGAAGGGAAUUCUCUGCAAUGGGUGGUUAUCUUACUGAUGCGGGUGAGGUUUUUCUGGAUCGAGUUCAGCAUUUUAUCCAGGCUGUUGCUGUUCAUGAAGAACAGAUUUUCCAGAAGAGGACUCGAAUACAGCAGGCUAUAGAGAAUAAUGAGGAAAUGAGGCACAGAGCAAGAAGGGAUCCUCAGGAACAACCUCCAACUCCAGCAUCUGCGACAGAUAAGGUUAAACUUGGCGAAGUUGGAUACAAAGAAAGAUAUUAUGCUGAAAAGUUUGAUGCAUCAACUCCGGAGGAGCUAGACAAAGUGCGAAAAGACGUAGUUCUGAAAUACGUUGAAGGGUUAUGUUGGGUAUGCCGGUACUACUACCAAGGUGUUUGCUCAUGGCAAUGGUUUUAUCCAUACCAUUAUGCGCCAUUUGCCUCAGACCUUACGGAUCUUACCGAGUUGGAGAUAACUUUCUUUUUAGGCGAGCCAUUUAGGCCCUUUGAUCAGCUCAUGGGAACCCUGCCAGCUGCAAGUUCUAAUGCUUUGCCCGAAGAAUACCGAAAACUGAUGACAGACCCCUCAUCACCAUUACAAGCGUUCUUCCCUUCUGAUUUUGACAUUGAUAUGAAUGGUAAACGCUUUGCGUGGCAGGGUGUUGCUAAAUUGCCAUUCAUCGACGAGAGGAAAUUAUUAUCACAAACAAAGAAGCUUGAGUGUACUUUAACGGAGGAGGAGCGUGUUCGCAAUAGUGUGAUGCUUGAUCUGCUUUAUGUCCAUCCUGUUCAUCCUUUAGCUCAGCAAAUUGUCUCCUACUACCAUCAUAACUAUCAGUUACCACCUUAUGCAAGGUUUCUUCAGGCAAUCGACCCAAAUGCUAGCGGUGGGAUGAAUGGAUAUAUUGGGUUGAGCGAAAGAAAUGUCCACAGAACCUUCGUUCCAUCCCCAGUUAAUGGAUUGCCACAUAUAGAGGAUAACCAAGUUUUAAAUAUCACAUAUCUUUCUCCUGUAAGCCAUAGACACAUCCCAGAACCUCCAGAUGGUGUAAAAUUUCCUGCAAAGAUCGUAAAGGGCUACGAUAUCAAACCAUUCCCCAUACUAUGGCACGAAGACAACAGUGGGCGGCGACAACAAGGCAGAGACAGGCAUCAAUUACCCGGGGCAAUUGCCGGUCCACAAUUGGGAGAAGCAGCUCAUCGUCUUAUUAAGAACACUCUUAGCAUAAGGUCAAACAAUGGAGGAUUGCUCGAUCAGCCUCUAUAUAAUAACAGUGCUGGUAACAAUCAUAUCUCCAACAGAAGCAAAAUGCCUGCUCCUCAUUAUGGAAGAGGCGGCUAUGGUGAUGAUCAAAGCUACCGUUAUGGACACAACAACUACUACCAACAGGGUGGGCCUCGAUAUCCAAACCCAAUGAAUGGCGUCCAAGGACCUCGGCACAACUUUAGACCACCAGAGAGGGUACCGCAGAACCACGAAAAACCCCGUGACCUGAGGAUGGGAAUGUACACUUUGACACUAGAUGAAGAGACCACCCGAGUCAGGCCACCUCCAGUGCUGUUACAGCGGAGGCCGAAUUCAGGAUUUCUGAAGAACUCAAACCACCAGUAUGAGCAGACCCCCGCGGGUCCCAUUCCUUCGCCACCUACCAAGUGGAUCAAUAGCAUACCGGAUGGAGUGGCGGGCACUUAUUUUAGACAAGAAACAGCGACAAGAAGUGUGAAUGAGAAGCAGCAGGUGAAACAGGUUUAUCUUAUCAAGAACCGGGCAGCUCCGGAAGCUUCAAAUGCCGUAGCUGAUCCAAGCCACCAGUAG